AUGAAGGCAGCUGUGUCUCUCGCGGGCGCGGUGCUCUUAUCACGGGCCCCAGCUGCAGCGGUAGUGGGGGAGAAGCCUACCAUCGUUGGAUCUAGGGCACCGCCAAUGGCUUCGUCGUGGACAAAAGCAGCCCCUCGGGAAGGCAGAAGGCGCAUCCGGAACGCCGACCUACACCGCGACCGCCCCCCAGAACCCCUAUCCAGCACCAACCUCGCUGCCAUGCUGAGGGGGGGUUGGCUCGGCGUCGACCUCGUGCAGGAGAUCGCCAAGGCCUACCUGAAGCCUCCCGCGGGGGAAGGCGGCGAGGCAGCGGGCGGAGAGGGCGGCGGCAAGGGGGCAGAGCAACAGGCGGCCGAUGGCGGAGGCCGGGGCAAGGGGCGAAGAGGCCGUGGAGGAGGGGAUCACGGGGCGGCGGGGAGGCGUGCCGAGGGCUGGGACUCGGCGAGCUCUAGAGCAGGCGGCAAUAGCGCCAAGGACGGGGGCGCGGCAGCGGGUACGGGUAGCAGCGGCGGCGGCAAUGGGGCUGGGACGGACGGGGGCGAGCGCUCCGCCGGUGGCGCUAUCCACGGGCAGAUGGAGCGGCUCCGAUUGGCGUUGCAGCAACAGACGGGCGGUAACGGGCGAGAGAGCGGAGGGGAGGGCGGAGCCAGCGGCAGCGGCGGCGCUAGAGACAGCCAUAGAGACACGAGCAACACCAAUAGCGGCCAUCGGUCUUCGAUGGCAUCGAAGAACCCGCGCCUUUCCGUCUCCGGAGGCCUCCUCGUUGACCGCGGCGCCAACUCCAACGUAGAAACCCAAAGCAGCGGCGGAAGUGGUGCCGGUUCGGCUUACGACGACGGCGGUCACAGCACCGAGCCGGCGGCGGGCGAGGAUGAGCAGAGCUGGGAGGAGGGCGGCGAGGAUUUAGAUUCUGAUGACGAAGAGUUUUUCGAAUCCGGCGGCGGUAAAGAAGGGGAGGACGAUGAGGAGGAGGAGGAGCUGGCGAGGGCUAAGGCUGCGGCGGCGGCGGCGCGAGCGAGGAGCGAGGUGGCGCUCUUGAGGGAGAUGGAGACGGUGCAUGCGAACCAGCAAGGAAUGGGCAGGCCAGGUGAAGCCGUCGUCAUUCCACCGCUGGGCCAGCACACGAGGACUGUGGUGACGCAGGCCAUGCCGGCCCGCUUUGUGGAGGAGGUCGGGGCAUCGCUCGCCAGCGCGAUGGCCUUGGCCACGGCCAGGGUGCUCAUCCAGGCCUGUGUGAACUUGCGAGCGAAGAAGAAGGCGGAGAAGGUGGCGUUCAAGGACGUUGUGGGCUGCGACGAGGCCAAGGGGGAGAUCAAGCAGAUCGUUGAUUUCCUGGUGGAUCCGUCGGCGUACGACAGCCUUGGUGCCUCUAGACCCAAGGGAAUCCUGUUGGUGGGGCCCCCUGGCACAGGCAAAACUCUGAUUGCCAAGGCAUGCGCUGGAGAGGCGGGCGUCCCGUUCCUCUACGCUUGCGGGUCCGAGUUCAACGGAGUCUAUGUCGGCAUGGGAGUUGCAGCCGUCAAGAGGCUUUUCGCGAAGGCCAGGAAGCACAAGAAGAGCAUCAUCUACAUCGACGAGAUCGACCACCUGGGACGUGCCAGGGGCGGGUCGAGAGACGCGGGGAGCGCGACGCAGGAUCGAGAGGCCACCCUGAACCAGCUGCUCAGCGAGAUGGACGGGUUCGAGGGAAAGGACGGGAUCGUCGUGAUGGCCUCCACAAACCGGAAGGACAUGUUGGAUGACGCUUUGCUCCGAUCAGGACGCUUCGACAUGCAGGUGGACGUGGACCGGCCAGACCGAAAAGGCCGCGAGCAGCUAUUUUCCAAGUACCUCGCCCCCCUCAAGCUCUCUGAUGAACAACGCGAAGGAGGGGUGGAGGCGUCACCCGACAGCAGCAACAGCAGCAACGGGGUCUUUCGUGGCGGAAGGGGGAGGCGUUAUUUUGGUGGGGGCGCGGCGGCGGCGGCGGCGGCGGCCGAGAGGGAGAAGCAGGAGACCAUCAAGAAGCAAGGCCUUCAGGAUGACAUCGCGAAAGAGCUGGCGGAUAUGACCCCCUACAUGACCGGAGCGGACGUGGCGAACGUUUGCGCGACUGCCGGGAGGAUCGCUGCGAGGAGCGGGUCGGAUGCGGUCGAAUUGGAGCACUUCAGCGCCGCGGUAGACCGGGUCCAGCAUGGCCUAGAAAAGCCUGACAGGGAAGUGACGGAGGAUGAAAAAAAGCGUACGGCUAUCCACGAGGCCGGUCACGCCGUUGCUGGCUGGAUGCUUCCGUGGUGCGAUGAGGUCGUCAAGGUCUCCAUUGUCUGGCGAGGGAACGCUCUAGGGUUUUCGCAGACGGCGGUGGUGGAGAGGCAGAGCGAGAUGCGGGAGAUGGUGCUGGACAGCGUGUGCAUGACCCUGGCGGGACGGGCGGCGGAGGAGGUGCUUUGCGGCACCAUCAGCGGAGGAGCGUCGUCGGACCUGAGAAUGGCGUCGCGACAGCUGUACUCCGCCAUCACGGAGGUGGGCUUUGGCAGCACGACGGGCCUAUUGUCCCCCGGUCACCGCCAGCUUAGCGAGAAGGUCAUGGGCGAGAUCGACCAAGAAGUGCAGACCCUCUUGGCGCAGCAGUACCAGCGCGCCCUCGCCCUGAUCCGAACGCACCGCGACAAGAUCGACAGCCUGUCGGCGGCACUUCUCGAGCACAACGUCGUGCACAAGGCAGACCUGCGAAGAAUCCUGGGAGACAAGGUGACGGUCGAGACGGAAGAAGCUGCAGCAGCAGCCGCCCUGACCGAAGGCCUCCUCGACGUCGAUGGCGAGAAGGCCGAAACCGCAAGCACAUCUGGUGCUGGUACUGCACCCACGGAAGCUUAA